AUGAAAUCCGGCAACAAGAUCAGCCAAAUAGUCCGUCUAAAACAAGUAGUCCAACGGUGGCGUCGCCGCACCCCUUCAGCCGGCUCACUAGCGGUUUACGUGGGUGCUGAACGCCACCGGUUUGUUAUUCCUACACGCUUUCUCAAACUACAUGUGUUCGUGUCGUUACUAAACAAAGCGGAGGAGGAGUUCGGGUUCCAAACCACUGGCGGGCUCGUGCUACCAUGCGACGUCGUUACUUUUAAUAAGUUGUUGAAAGGCCUCGAUAGAGACGAGCGAGGUGUGGGAGAUUUAGAUAUCGAUUGUUUUACCGCCAAGUGUUCCGAGUUGGUUGGGGAAUUUAGUUCGUCUUGUAAAGUGUUUGAGUCUCAUAGCUUCACUUUGCUAUUGCAGAAAAGCUAA